AUGUCAGAUGAUAGCUCUGGUGAUGAAGAUGUUAAAUUUAUACCACAUCCAGUUGUAAAAGAAUCACCAAAGACUAAUAAAUCAAAAAAACUUCUAUCAAUGGAACCUGUUAUUCUAAAUACAAUUAUUUUAAAUGUUAAUAUUAAAUAUGAUAAAGAUAACCAUGUUGAAGCAUUAGUCAAAGAAUUAAUGAUGCCAAAUGAACAUCUUUCAAAAGGUCAAAAUGGACAACAUUUUUCAACACUUCAUCAAUAUGUACUUGAAUCAACACGUGAAUCAGUCGAUAUGAGUAAUCAAAAAGAACGUUUUAGUUAUCAACCAAAUUUAUUUACACGGAAAAAUGAUGCAUUUGGACCUUGGAAUUUCAAUUAUCUGCUGACACUUCUCUCACUCGAAUAUCAAUGUGGAGAAUCCGAUCGAAAACAAUUUCCUCCUGUAUGGAAAACUUGUCCGACAACAAUAGUUCAAGUGAACAUUAUCAAAGAAUAUCAAAACAAUGCGACCAAUGCAACGGCAAUUCAAAUUCCAACAGAAUUAUUCGGCAAAAAAGACGAUGUUACUCUUAAAGGUCUUUUUAAAAUUAUUUGUCGACAAAAUCAACGUAGUGAAGAUUGUAUUCCAGGUUGGAUAGAAGCUUUUCAAGCGGAAAGUAUUGCUACUGUUGAUCAUCUUCGAAAUGCAGUGGCUAAUGAAAGAAUCUGGGAUAAUAUUCAAUCGGUCAAACAUAUAGUUAAACAAAUGAUAAAAGAUUAUGUUCAAUUAAAUGAUCCUGCAACAGCAUUGAAUCUAUCAAAUAAUAUUUACAAAGAUUCUGAUGCAACUUUAUAUGGUGAUAUUCAUCGAAUUCGACGUUAUUUUCAUUAUGUUACAAAAACAGUUCAACAUAUUAGUUAUCUUGAUCGUCGUGCUGUUGAUUUAGCUAUUGUUGAAAUACGACGAAUUUAUGAUGAUGAUGGAAAUGUUUUAAAAAAUAUUCAUGCAUAUUUAAGAACAUUUUGUUUAAAAGAUAGAUCAGUCGAUAUGGAUGCACAUGAAAUACAAAAAACAGGAUGGAAUAGUGAAAAAGAUAGAUUAACAACAGAAAGUGAAAGACUUCGAAAUGAAAUUGCAGUUCUUGAACAAGAAUCUCGAGGAGCAAGAGCAAAUGUUGAAAUGUGUAUUGCACGAUUGACAACUGUUGAAAAAGAAAAACAAAUUGCUAUGACUGCAGCAGAAAAAUUAAAUACAACAGCAGCUACUUUGGAUCGACGUACAUCAUCGGCAGCUUGGAGUAGACAACGAGAACAGGCUAGAUUACAAGUAUCCAAAGCGACUGAAAAAGUUGAAACUGUAAAGAAUCAACUUGAACGAGCACAAGCUGCACUUGCAUUACAUACUGAACCAAUGCGACAAAAGAAAAAUAAAAUUGCUGAAAAUGAAGCAAAACUUCAAAAUCUCGAAAUUUUUCUUCGAAUUAAUCCAAAAGAAGCACAAAAAAAAUUAUAUGUCAAAUAUGGAAGAGGAUUAUUACUCUAUGGACCACCAGGAACAGGUAAAUCUGAACUAUUAAAACGAGCUGCACUAUUUGCUGGUAUAACAAUGACAACAACAGCUCUUGCUGCUGGAGAAUUAAAUCGUCCAUAUGUUGGUGAAACAGAACGUUUACUUGUUGAUAUAAUGUAUCGAUCAAAUGCAAUACCAUAUUUAAUUUGUGCAAUGACAAUUGAUGAAAUAGAUGGUCUUGUACCAAAACGAACAAAUAAUGCUCAACAAUCAAAAGUCGAUGGUAUUAGUGUUUUGCUAUCUCAUAUUGAAGGUGUUAAAAAUAUUCCUAAUUUAAUUGUACUUGGAGCAACUAAUCGACGAAAUAUGAUGGAUGAAGCAUUUUUACGUCGUAUGCAAGCAAAAUGUUUUGUUGGACGACCAUCACCACAAAUUCGAAAAAAAAUGCUUGAACCAUUAAUAUGUAUGGAUGCAAAUAUUUUUACAAGUCAAUGUAUGGAUUUUCUUGUUAAAAUUACAACAAAUUUUAGUGGUGCUGCUGUUGGAGCACUUAAAUCAAGUAUUAUUGUUGCAAUGGAUACAUAUCAAGAAACAGGUUUAAAUGAAAACAUAUUUCUUGAUUUAGCUGAUAAUGCAGCUAGAGAAUUUAGUUGUUGGUUUGGUAUUGGAACAUUACCUGAAAUUUGUCGUCUUUAUCCAAAUAUAUUUUCAUCAACUGAUCAACAAGAAAAAUAUUCACUUAAAUUAUUAAAUAGUCAACCAACUGGUCGAAUACUUGUUGAUUUACUUGAUCGAAAAUGUUUAAUUGAAUUAAAAACAGAAGCAACACUUGACGAUGAUUUAGAUAAUGAAGAAACAUCAACAAUAACUUUAAUUGCAAGAUUUAUUAAUGGUUGUCAAAGUCGAAAUAUUGAUACAAUUCAAAUUAUUGAUUUAAAUUUUUUAAUUAAAAAUAAUGCAUUUGAAGAAAAUCAAAUAUUUGAACUUUUAACAACAACAUUCGAAGGUAAUUCAAAUUAUUUACGCGAUUAUUUUAUAUCAGAGAACGUCGUAGAAUUUCCAGUAUCUGUCCUACAUUUUGGCUUUUUUUCCUGUAUUAAUCCAGCAUAUGUAGGAGCAGAACAAACUUUUAUUUAG